GUACAAAAGCGGCAUUGGAAGGUUUGGAGAAGAUAGCUGAAGAAGAACUAGAGGCCCGUGAAGAAAGAGUCAGAGGAAAAGGCUCUGAAGGAAAAGGGAGAAGUUGAGAGAGGACCGAGAAACAGGGCCCACUGCUGAGGAAAAAAGAGGAUUCGGAGGCAGGGUCUACAUGGCCUCGCAGGGUGCCCGGGGGGAGCAGAAGCCCCUCCUAGGCCAGGAGGAGGCCCUAGACAGACCUGCCAUAUCCCCCUUUGAGGGCAGGAAGGCUGCCUGUGCAGCCGUGCUGCUUGUGGAGAUUCUGGAGCGAGCUGCUUUCUUUGGCAUCGUCUCUAACCUCGUUCUGUACCUCAACAGCAGCGACUUCAAAUGGGGCGGAUCCCAGGCUUCACGGGCAGCACUGCUCUUCCUGGGUGCCUCCUACCUGCUUUCGCCCAUCGGAGGCUGGCUUGCUGAUGCUUACCUGGGCCGCUACUGGACUAUCGCAUUCAGCUUCCUGCUCUACCUGCUGACGGCCUGCCUGCUGCCCACCGUGGCCUCGCAGGAUGGCCGGCUCUGGCUAUGCGGAGAGAUGCCAGCUUACCUGGUGCAGCCCUCAUGCCGAAAAGGUAGUGCAGAGUCGCACUGCAAUCAGCAGUUGCCAAGUCAGUAUUGUGCCCCGAUCAUGUACACGGGUCUGCUGCUCCUAGCCCUGGCCAUCAGCUCUGUCAAGGCCAACCUCACUCCAUUUGGUGCUGACCAGGUGACAGAUCGUGGCAGGGAUGCUACCCGGCGUUUCUUCAACUGGUUCUACUGGAGUAUCAAUAUUGGGGCUGUAAUCUCCCUGCUGGUGAUUGCCUUCAUCCAGCAGAACGUGGGCUUCGUCAUUGGCUAUGCCAUCCCUGCUGUUUGCCUGGCGCUUGCCCUCUUAGUCUUCCUCGUGGCUGCUCCCAUCUUCGUCACCAAGCCUGCUUCUGGCAGCCAGGUCUCCUCCAUGUUCCAGCUGGCCCUCCAGGGGGGCUGCUGCAGCCAAGCUCUUCAGAAGAUGACCACCAAGAUUAGAGCAGGGAAUCCUCAGUCAGAAGCGGACGUUGCUGGCCUGCUUUCCGGUCCAAGGCACCAGCCUGUGAGGCCUUCACCUGAGGUUGUCUCCAACUUCCAAGUGCUGGUGAAGAUCCUGCCAGUGCUCCUCACUCUCAUCCCAUACUGGAUGGUCUACUUCCAGAUGCAGUCCACCUACUACCUGCAGGGUCUGCACCUCUGCAUCCCCAAUUUCUUUGAGAACAAUCGUUUGAAUAGCAGUAUUCUCUCAGCAGAUGUCAGCAGUGGCUACAUGCUCCCAGAUGCCUGGCUUCUUCUAGCUAAUGUGGUGAUUCUGCUGAUCCUGGUCCCAGUGAAGGACCGUGUCAUUGACCCAUUUCUGGCAAAGAGGAAGCUGCUGCCUUCAGCACUAAAGAAGAUGGCUCUGGGCAUGUUCUUUGGACUUGCCUCAGUCCUUUCUGCAGGUUUUCUGGAGACCAAGCGGCUGCAAUAUGUGAACAACAAUGAGACCAUCUCACAGCAAAUUGGGAAGGAUAAUUACAUUGCAGCCAAACUCUCCAUUUUUUGGCAGAUCCCUCAAUAUCUGCUUAUUGGCAUCAGUGAAAUCUUUGCCAGCAUUCCAGGGCUGGAGUUUGCCUACUCUGAAUCUCCCAAAUCCAUGCAAGGAGCCAUCAUGGGCCUCUUCUUUUUCAUUUCCGGACUGGGGUCACUUUUAGGAUCUGGCUUCCUGACUUUGCUCUCAUUACCAGCUGCUGGUUGGAUGCACUGCCCAGAGGAUUAUGGGAACAUUAACAAAUGUCAGAUGGAUUAUUAUUUCUUCUUGCUGGCUGGGAUUCAGACAGUGACCUGCGUCCUCUUCAUCUGGAUCUCCAUCCGCUAUGAGCGCCAGCAGCAGGCCUCCUGCCUCCGCUGCGCAGGCCGUGAGGGCGACUGACGUGCGCCGUGUCUUUCAGGACUGUGAGGAGGUGCUUGUGCUCAUCAGAUCUCAGCACGCUGACAAACACCACCAUCGCCACCGUAUAUAGUGCACUGAUAGGAUCUUGUGAAGGCCAACGGUCCAUAAAAGGAUUAGAGAAAUCAAUCGGCGAUAGAACCAUUAGUGGCAGCCAGCCAAGAUACUCAAAGGCUACAGCCACAUACUCAAGGUAUCAUUAACGUCUUAUCUCCAGUGUGAAUAAUAGAGUAUUUGGAAGCUGGGAGCCAGAAUUACCCUGGGAUAACAAGCUGUUGUCUAAAUGAGGUGGACCAUUCCCUAACGCAGCAAGCUGCUUUUGUCCAUGUUAGUACUUGGAGUUCCCGCUGCAGACAUCCUUCUGGUGGGCAGAAUUAAAUCUCAGAAAAGAGGGCAGUCCUGUGCAUGCCUACACACACACACACACACACACACACAAACACACACACCAGUGUCAGCCCAUCCUUUCCUUAAGUCACUAUACAGACUUCUUGAAAAUAGUCUCCUAAGCCAAGGUCAGGAUGGUGCAGGAAAUGGCGAUACGGUCUUAGG